AGGAUCCAGUACAUCAGACAGUACUUCUGGGGACGCUUCCAUAAUGAGUACACUUCUCUGCUGCAGGCCAAGUCAAAGUGGUUAAAUUCCAGAGGCGAAGUGACACCAGGGUCCUUAGUCCUGAUCAAGGACAAGACGACGCCACCGCUGCUCUGGUCCCUGGGUCGGGUCACUAAGACCUAUCCCGGCGUCGACGGAGUCACGCGGGUGGCUGAGCUGAAGACGAGGAGGGGCACCAUUCGUCGUGCCUUCAACUGCAUCUGCCCGCUCCCUAUCGAAGACUUUUGAAGAGCAUCCUUCAACCCGGGGAGUAUGUCGGCGCACCUCAGCGAGCAACCGCGAUGGCGACCGAAGGGAGUGCUGCGGAGGCCGGGGCGGGGGCUGCCCCGGCUGGCGAGCCCGCGGCCGCGCUCCCUUCACUUCUCUCCGCGACGCGCUUGACCACGGGCACUUACCUGUAUUCUUGUUGAUAUUGUAAUUUUAACGGCAUUAAAAGCCUAUGUAAUACAGUCCGCACAACGUUUUAUUUAUGAAGUCCCGUUAGGGCUCCUACAGUUUGGUCCUUCGCUAUAAAUUAACGCCAGUCGUGUCGUUAAAAUUCGUCGAUUCCGCAUCGUCAUUUUCAACGGUCAACGGUCAACGGUCAUCGCCGAUGCCGCGUGGAACUUCAACGUGGCCACCGAACACGAAGACAAAGAAGUCGUACUCGUGCAGCGUGCUUCGCCUUAUAAGGAGCUGAAGUCAUUUACUGGGAGUAUAAACUACUUAUUUGAGUGAGUCGUUCCAAUUUAGUUAUUUUUUUCCAAUUUUUUCUUGGUGAAUAAUCGUUUUUUCCCAUUUAUUUCGUUGAGCAAGUACAUUUCCCCCUUCACAAGUGAUUUAUUGUCAAUAGUGCUUUAACGCAGUGUUUAUUUCGACGCUUCUUCAUAAUUGCAUAAUUUAUAGUAACACUUGUGCGCGCACGCCACUCACGCCACACAGGUGUUAACGUAACCUUGACCGAUCUCAGUAAUUAGAACCGGUCCCUUUUGUUUGCGCGCAGCUGUUUUUUCUAUAAGAAGCUCAUUAGUGGUAUCUAUCGCCUUACUGCAGUUAAACACGUGCGGUUUUUGCUUUGUUAAUUGCACUUCAAAAUGGCAGACGCUUUAAAGACUUUACUUAGAAAACGUAGUUCAUUAAAAUCAAAGCUUACGAUUUACAGCAACUAUCUAAAUUUAGUUAAAAGUAGUGCACAUAUAUCUGAGAUGCAACGAUUAGACCUGCAGGAACGUUUUAAUAAGUUCGAUUCCUUACAUAGCCAAUUUGAUGAAUUGCAGACAGAAAUCGAAAUGCUUGCCGAUGAUGCUGAGACUGCGUUCGUGGAGCGUGAGGAGUUUGACCGCCAGUUCUUCAAUCUGGUGGCACUCACGCGCAGCCUGCUCGGUUCUUCGGUCAACGGUGCUGGUUCUGAGGCGGGCUUCAAAGAUGCUGACUCAGGUGCACAUGUUUCUAAUAGCUUUGUUCGUUUGCCAAAAAUUGAUUUGCCUCACUUUGACGGGAACUACCAAUGCUGGCUCGAGUUUCGGGACACGUUUACGUCAUUGAUUCACAAUAACGAUAGCAUAAGCAACAUAAAUAAGUUCCAUUACUUGCGUGCUUCUUUACAAGGUACUGCAGCCUCUUUAAUUAAAAAUAUAGAAUUUAGUAGUGAUCAUUAUAAGAUUGCUUGGGACUUGUUGUGUGAGCGGUAUAACAAUGAGUACCUGCUUGUGGCCAAUCAUUUGCAAGCUUUAUUCUUUGAUGUUAAGUCAAUAAAUAAGGAGUCUAGUGUUUCCAUUAGAAAUCUUGUUGACGUCAUUAAUAAAAAUAUUCGGGCACUAGCAAAUUUAAAAAGGCCUACUCAGCAUUGGGAUGACAUCAUCAUUUUUGUCAUGGUCAAAAAGCUAGAUUUAAUCACAAGUCGUGAAUGGGAGGAAUACAGGAAUAACAACAUAGUAGGUUAUCCAACAACUACUCAAUUUUGUUCUUUUCUAAACAGGAAAGCAGACUGGUUGGAAUCUGUGGAAUGUAACUUUCAGGAUAGUAAUAUUGUGGCCUUGAAUAGUAACACUAAUUUAAAUAAACAUAAUAAUAAUUCAUCUAAACAAAAACACUCAAAUAAAUCAAAUAAUAAUUCUCAUAAAAACAAUAAUAAAUGUCCACUUUGCUCCCAAGUACAUACUUUAUAUAAAUGUGAAUCUUUUAGAAGCUUAUCUAUAGAAAAUCGCAUACAAAAGGCAAAAGACUUAACUGUUUGUCUCAAUUGCUUACGUAUUGGGCAUUCUGCUAAUAACUGUAAGUUUUCAAAUUGCAGAUACUGCAAACUUAAGCACAAUACGCUUUUGCAUUUAGAAGCUAGUGAACCCAAACCACUUUCUAAUCCUCUGCCUUCUGCACUUCUUUCUGUAUCGCCAACUACUUCAGAUGUUGCGCUUUCAGCUAAUUCUAUGCAGCUUGCUACUUCUUCGCAUGUUUUCCUGUCCACAGCUUUGGCGAAAGUGACCAGUGCGACGGGUAAGAAGUUUACUGCGCGCCUACUGCUGGACAACGGCAGUACGGCCAACUUUAUCACGCAGAGUUUAGCGGAGCAACUGGGUUUGUCACAACGCGGUAUGAGCACCAAGGUAACGGGUAUUAACAAUCAUGUUUCCACCAGUACACAGUCUUGUCACCUUUCUAUAGAGUCUUUAUGCUGUGCCUUUACUGUAGACAUCGAUUGCCACGUUCUACCUGAGAUCACAAAGGUCCUACCAUCUUCGUUUGUAAAUGUUAAACAUUUAUCCAUACCUUCAGGCCUUACAUUGGCAGACCCGAAAUUUAACGUUCCGUCGGCUGUCGACAUUCUAGUAGGGGCUGAAGUAUUUUGGAAUGUCAUAGGGUCAAACACGAUAGACUUAGGAAAAAAUCUACCUAAAUUGUGCGAAACUAAAUUUGGAUGGCUUGUAUCUGGUAGUAUUUCGCAUCAAUCUAGUUUUCUUUCCUCUGCGUCUACUCACUUUUGCCAUCAUUCCAGCGUCACUCCCGACUUAACUCAAUUUUGGGAGCUUGACCAAGUCUCAUCUAAGCAUUCGCUCUCUCUUGAAGAGAGAAUGUGUGAACAACAUUUUGCAGAAACCACCGUCCGUAAUAGUGAUGGCGCGUUUGUUGUUAAAAUGCCUUUUAAGGAAGAUCCAAGCUCGCUAGGACAUUCUUAUGUUAAUGCUAGGAAUCGUUUCCUUUCCCUUGAGCGGCGAUUUAAGCAUGAUCCUUCCUUUCACAGUAAAUAUAAUGAUUUCUUGCGUGAGUACGAGCGCUUAGGUCAUAUGACAUUAGACACGGGCUGUACUCCUUCACCUGAAAAUUCCAAGACAAAAUAUUUCAUUCCACAUCAUGGAGUCAUUAGGGAUUCUAGCACCACUACUAAACUACGCGUAGUCUUCGACGCAUCAGCCCCUACAAGUACGGGAGUGUCGCUUAACGACAUUCAGAUGGUCGGUCCGGUAGUGCAAGACGAUCUGUUUUCCAUUUUAACACGUUUUCGUCAGCACAAGUACGUGGUCUCAGGUGACGUAGAGAAGAUGUAUAGAGGUAUCCAGCUCAGUCCAGACCAGCGCUCUCUUCAAAAAAUUGUUUUUCGUUUUGAUCCAUCAGAACCUCUCAGAUCUUACACAUUAAAUACAGUGACCUACGGUACUGCGUCUGCUCCUUAUUUAGCCACCAAAUGUUUGGUAAGUUUGGCCGAUAACAUUGAGGAUAAUCGGGUAAAGAGAGCCAUACAGCGCGACUUCUACGUCGACGAUUAUUUAAGUGGCGGGAGCACCAUAUCUGACACUGUAGAUAUAACAAAAGCAGUAAGAUCAGUUCUUUCAUCGGCUAAAUUUAACUUACGCAAAUGGCGUUCAAAUAACGUAGAAAUUUUAAAACAAAUUAAUUCAGAAGUAGUAAAUAACAAUGAUAAUAACACUCUUCAAUUUUCUGAGCAUGGUCUCAACCCAGCUCAAUCUAAAACCCUAGGGCUUAAUUGGGUUUGUGACUCUGAUUCACUCACUUACACAAUAAAUAUAACGUCUGCUAAUAAAGUCACUAAACGUCACAUCCUCUCUGUUAUCAGUCAGAUUUUCGACCCACUGGGCCUCGUAGGUCCGUGCGUUGUCGAGGCGAAAAUACUAAUGCAGCGUCUUUGGCUGAAUAAAUACGACUGGGAUGAUGCAGUAUCGCUCGAGGUGACUGAUGCCAACAUCACGAGCCUGGAUCGCUGGAAGAGGAUCCAGUACAUCAGACAGUACUUCUGGGGACGCUUCCAUAAUGAGUACACUUCUCUGCUGCAGGCCAAGUCAAAGUGGUUAAAUUCCAGAGGCGAAGUGACACCAGGGUCCUUAGUCCUGAUCAAGGACAAGACGACGCCACCGCUGCUCCGGCAGAAGGGUCGGGUCACUAAGACCUAUCCCGGCGUCGACGGAGUCACGCGGGUGGCUGAGCUGAAGACGAGGAGGGGCACCAUUCGUCGUGCCUUCAACUGCAUCUGCCCGCUCCCUAUCGAAGACUUUUGA